AUGGGCCGCGAAGAGCAGGUCGAGGAGCGCGAGGUGCUCGACUCCAUUUUCCCCGAAGAGAUUACAGAUAUUUCCGACACCGCAUACCGGAUAUCGAUUAACUUAGAGACGCCCGAAAGUGACGCCCGAGAUGAGGAAGAAACCGAGCAGCCAGUCCUGAUUCUUCAGGUAUCAUACCCACCAGAAUAUCCCGACGUUGCCCCGGACCUGGACAUCACGGCCCCUCCAAAUGCGCCCAAGCACCCUCUGCUAGACAUCCAGGAAGAUCGUGAUCGGCUCCUUGAAGCUUUACAGCCAACUAUCGAGGAAAACUUGGGAAUGGCUAUGGUCUUCACUCUGGUCAGCACUUUGAAAGAAAGUGCCGAACUGCUCAUGGCUGAACGGGCGAACGCUGUCCAGGCCUUGAAAGAGAUGGAAGCUGCGAAGGCCGAAGAGGAGGAGAAUCGGAAAUUCCAGGGCACAGCGGUGACUCCUGAAACAUUUCUAGAGUGGCGAGAGAGGUUCAGAAAAGAAAUGGAAGAAAAGGAGCAGAGGGAGCGCGAGGAAAAAGAGGCGGACGAAAAGAGGGCAAAGAAGGCACUGGUCAAAGAAGAGAAGAAGCUUACUGGCAAGCAAUUAUGGGAGAGAGGUUUGGCAGGGAAAGCAGACUAUGAUGAGGAUGAUGAGGAUGCUAUUCCGGCCGCUGUUGAGAAGAUGAAAAUUACUGCAUAA